ACGUCAGUCAGAGGCUCGUAACCUGCUUGCUUCUAUAUAUCUCGUUUUCGCGCAUAUCCUGCUUCCCGGUGAGCUGCGACAUUUUGGAAUCAUUCGGUGACCGGUUGCGAUAAUUCAAAUAUUUUUCAUCAUGGUUAACCCCAAAGUUUUUUUUGACAUCACCAUUGAUGGGAGGAAUGCGGGGAGGAUUGUUAUGGAGCUGAGAGCUGAUGUUGUACCCAAGACUGCUGAGAACUUCCGUGCUCUGUGCACUGGAGAGAAAGGCUUUGGAUACAAGGGGUCUGGCUUCCACCGCGUCAUUCCACAAUUCAUGUGCCAGGGUGGUGACUUCACCAACCACAAUGGAACUGGUGGAAAGUCCAUCUAUGGGAACAAGUUUGCGGAUGAGAACUUCACCCUGAAGCAUCAAGGGAUGGGGACCCUUUCUAUGGCCAACGCUGGACCCAACACCAACGGCUCCCAGUUCUUCAUCUGUACCGCUGAUACCGCUUGGCUUGAUGGGAAACACGUUGUGUUCGGCAAAGUUGUAGAAGGAAUAGAUGUGGUCAGUGCCAUGGAGCGCAAAGGCAACGCGAGUGGCAAGUGCUCUGCUAAGAUCCUGAUUAGUGAUUGCGGCCAACUUUAAUUCUUGCCCUCACGUCCCCUGCCCCAGUCAUGCACAUUCCUUAAUAGAGAGAUUCCUUUUUUUCUUUUUUUUAAUUGCCAUUCUUAUCCUGAAUGAUGUGCUUAUUCCAUGUAACUUUUUGUCCGGUUUUAUGUAUUCUGAUGAUGGUCCCCAGGACUCUUAAUGUGUUAAAACGUGGAUUAAAGAUGGAUUAAGAUUCCUUUCAA